AUGUCCAACCCCAUUUCUCGAAUCUUUUUCCGCUUUCUCGCCGGCGAGAAGGCGAUCAUGCCUGAGCACCUGCGGUUUGCGCGCGACGUGGCUACGCGCUCGCCGCCCAAGCCCCACUUGCCCGAGGGUCCGGCCCACAAGGUGUCCAACAACGCCUACUACAUGCGCGACAAUCGUCGUGCUGCCCGCCCCGUGGUACGUGACCGCCUUUCAACCUCGGCCCAACCCUCGCGGCACCCUGUCGCCCUCAUGAUCGCCCUUCAAUCUGUAGACCCGCAUCGGCAACACAACACACACACCUUUGCAUGCUGCGCCUAG